AUGCUUCGAGCUCUUGUCCUGGAAGUGCUGCAUUGGAGCUUGCUGCUCGCACCUGCUGUCGGGCAACUCGCAGCAGCGUGGAGUGUAACAUCCGGGCAAUGCACGCUUGACGCCGAUGGGUGUAUCAGCUCCCCGAGCUACCCGAGCUCCUAUCCGGAUGACGACUCUUGCACAAUUCACGUGCCUGCCGGGAACACCGAUGCAAUUCAAGUGGUCAGCUUUGACACCGAGAGCUCGGACAAGCUGCGGGUCAACAGUAUAGAUUACAGCGGCACUGCUGGUCCCGACGGCGUGGUGCCGCAGGGCACGAUCGGCUGGAGUUCCGACGCCUCGAGCAGCCGCACCGGUUGGAAAAUCUGCCCGCGAGAGAUUCAGACUCCGAGCAGAACGUCGCCGAGAAGGACUUCCACAAGGAGCCUCGCCACCUUCGAGUGGUUCUCGUUUUCUGGAGGCGUCUCGGGGCCGGUUGGGCGCUGGCGGCCCUCCGGGGGCGAGGACUCCUCUGGCCGCUUCUGGAUUUUUGGAGGCUAUGUCGACUAUGAUGGGACUUGGUUGAACGACCUUUGGUAUUUCCAGCACCAGGUGGACUGCGGUGAGCACUCAGCUGUGCACUGCGCCGUAUGCCCGCGCGACACUGCAAGCGGCGAGUGGUAUGGUGAAAGCUGGUGUAAUGGUGACUGCUCCUGGUCCGCCGGGGAAUGCCAGGCCGCAACUACAACGGUUGAAGGGCCAGGGGCCUAUCUGCUCGAAGGCCACUGCAAUUCCGAGGUCAACGGGCGUUAUGAGCUGCAGGGCUACACUGCUAGUGGAAGGCCAUACUAUAAACAUCUGGACGAGUCGUGGUACCUGUUCUACGAUCCAGAUUGUGAUGGCAAUCCGGCCACAACGGAAACAAACCUCGGCGCAAUGUGGAUGGUGAGAAGUAUUCCUCCUUCCACGUCGUUGGAGCAGGAUUUGGACAGUGAUGGAAUUUGUUAUAAAUCGGCGUACCUAGAGAGCAACGCAGAGCUCCCCCCCACAGCUACAUGGAAAACAUAUUGCGACGCCCGGGUGUGGCGAGAUGAGUGGCUCAAAUUUUCACCAGUCGGAUCAGGCGGACUUUGGAAGGACAAAUCGGGGAAGAGCGGGCCGUCACGCCGCUCGGGCCAGUCCUCGGCAAUGGACAGCUCAGAUCGCUUUUGGAUCUUUGGAGGCUGGGAUGGAAGGAACUUCUUCAAUGACCUGUGGUAUUUCGAUAUCCAGGCUGACGUAUGGAAAUCACCACAGAUCUCCGGGUCCCGACCAUCCGCACGAUAUGGGCCAGCCUCCGGCGUGUCCUCCUCCGGGUGGUUCUGGGUCUUUGGAGGUCGUCGGGGAUCGGACUUGGACUUGCUGAAGGACCUGUGGCACUUUGAGCUGGAGGCGGGCUGGACUCAGAUUGAUUCGGGCUCUGGGCCGUCCGCUCGAUUCAACCACGCUGCUGCCGUAGAUGCCUGGGGCCGCUUCUGGAUCUUUGGAGGCAUGACAUCAGACCGCCUUGUCAGAGACCUCUGGUUGUUUGAUGCCGAGGAGAGGAAGUGGACCUUGGCGAGUUCAAGUUCCUCUGGGCCUUCUGCACGCCAACGACACUCGUGCUUCCUGGAUGCAGCCGGCCAUUUUUUCUGGGUUUUCGGGGGCGACGACGGGAGCAAGCUUCUUGAUGACUUGUGGUACUGGGAUUUACAGGCUUCAGAUUGGGUUCAAGUCCAAGCAGUCACGGACGGUGGCCCAGAUGCUCGCGAAUUUCAUGCUUCUAGCAUGAGCCCUUUUGGUGGCUGGGUCUUUGGAGGAAACGUCCCCGGAAAUGGGAACAACGACCUUUAUUACUUGGCGGUCAAGGGGCACGUGCUGCCGAGUACGACUGCGAGUGAGGUGUCGUCCACGACCACGACCUCCAUGACCUCCACGACUUCCACCAGCCAGGCUUGGAGCAGAACCUUCACAUCCACGGUCUCCACGAUCACGACUUCCAGGCCCCAGUUGCAGUUGGUUGAGAAGAGCCCCGUGGAGAUAGGACCCGCCGCUUCCGUGCAGCAGCAGGAGGCUGCAGCAGCCGUGCAGAUGGAGGAUAGGAGGCAGCAGGAUGCGGUGGCCAGUGUUUUGCAAGUGUUGGAUUUGGAAAAGCUCGAGGAAGUCGGUGGCUUCACGGUUGAUGAAGAAGGCAGCGUGACGGUUGCCGCGAUCUCCCCGCGGGCGAAUACCUCGUCCUUCCGCUUCCGUGCCGCGUCAACCGGGCAAGAUUUCACGCCGGAUGUGGAGAUUCCGCUUUCACUGGUCGCCGACGUCUCCACUGAGCCGCUGAUGUUCGCCGUGAGCGUGCUGAACCAAGGCGGUGCUGACAAGCUCCAGAUGGUCGACAGGCAGCCACCAAGCACUAGGCCGUUGGUCUUGUCCAUGUUUAAUGUGGAGGGGGUGCCGCUGGUGGCCGCUUCGCUUCCAGAACCCGUACUGCUGACACUCGCUCCGGAUGCAUCCAACGACACGACCUGUGUCUUCUGGAAUGAGACUUUGCAGCGGUGGUCUGCUGAAGGUGUUACCCGCGUCCAGGGCAGAGGUCGGGAGCUUGUUUGUGAAACGACGCACCUCUCCAUAUUUGCUGGCAUCGAAGGGUUCCUGACCGAAGUGGCCCUGACCUUUGAGUGCAGCAACGCACUACUUUUGUUCUCACGUGAAGCAUCCGCUUCUUUGGUCAAUUCCGGGGACUGGGCGAUGCAAGUGCCAAGCAUUAUCUUCUUCGCCAUCUUGGCCUUGCUCCUGUCAGGCGUAAUUUUUGCCCUGUGCCUGGACUACCGCAGCUGGCAACGACAUUGUGCCACUCACGAGCUGCAGGAUGAGCUACAUCGGGGUGUUCUCGCCAAGAAGACAGAUUCGGCCUCGGGUGGUGUGGUCUUCAUCCACGAGGAAGUGGCUUGGAAGCAGCUUCUGCUCCUGAACCCGUACCAUUGGAGACUCUUCCUGGAUCCCGACAGUCUUCUGCUUCCGCCCCUCUCCUGGACGAUCGAGAAGGUGCAAGCAGCACACCUCUCCAUCUCGACCGAGUCGAUGGUCGCUGUCAUUGGCCUUGCCGCCCAAACGGGUAGGAAGAGCCAUGCGGCGGACAAGUCUUCUCCAGGAGAAUUCCACAAGUCCGCAGCGGUGGCCAGAGAAGUCAAACGUGAACGCGAUCUCGUCAGGCUCCACAACGAAGCUGCAGACAGGUUUUUGGCACCAGGCUGGAGAGGCUUCCUCUACCGCUGGGCUAUGCUUGCUGCGGCCUUCCAUCCACUGUGCCUGCUGAUCAGCUUCUGCUUUCGUAUUUCGCAUGCAGCCCGAGCUGUGCUGCGUGCCGGCCACCUCCUGGCGUCGGCAGCAGUCAGUGUGGUCUUCUACCAACUGACUGAUGCCGUCAAGAAGGAAUGCGCGGAGGAGCUCUCCUGGACCGACCCCCGGAGCUGGGUCCGCAAGCUCGUCGUUUUCAUCGUGAGUCAGAUUCUGUCCGGCUUGCUUCUGGGCUCCGUGCUCCUGCUUCGGUCCGGCUGCAACAACGGCGAAAGCAGGUUGAGGUUGCACUUGGCGCUGCUGCAACUGCUCAUUUUCUGGCUGGGACUGGUGCUCUUCAUCGCUCUCUGUGUGUAUGUAGUGCUGGCCUUCCUUGCCAACAUGAGCGACAAGGAUACUUCCGACUGGGUCCAGACAUGGCUCCUCUCGCUUCUCUGGACGCUCGGGGGGAAGCCGAUAUUGCAGGGACUGUUGGUUGCUACCGUCUUCUCGUGCGCUUUGCGGUGCGCGCCCCACCUGGACGGCAAGGUGAAGGAGAAGCGCCAGCUUACACAGCAACCGCUUCAACCGCUUUCCGUGCUGCCAGUUGCCGUGGUCAAGCCAGUUGAUCGCCUUCACAAUGUUCAACAGGUGUCCGUGACGUCUUCCCCGGCUUCAACGACGUUGCUG